AAAACAUCUGUCUCAACAUCGAUCAGAUCCGGAAAGCCGAUGACCUUGCCCUUUUAUUAAUUCAACCACUCGAUCCCUUCCCCCUCCAAAUCACCGUAACCACCGCGCCUAACCGUUCCAACCGCCGCAGUAAAUUCCCCAGAAAUGACGAAAACAACCUUACUCCUACUCCUCUUCUGCCUCCUUUCCCUCCUCUCCUCCACCACCGCCGAGAUCAAAACCCUGACCAUCAACUCGGACUCCCGGCCCAUGAUCCUCUUCGAAAAAUUCGGCUUCACCCACACCGGUCACGUCGCCAUCGCCGUUUCCUCCGUCUUGGUCUCCUCCUCAGUCAACGCCCCCAACCCCGACUCUUCCCGCCUCGGAUUCUUUCUCUUGUCGGAAGAAUCCCUCCUCCAAGUCCUCCUCGAGAUCCAACAAAACCCUCACUUUUGCGUUCUCGAUUCUCACUACAUCCAACGCCUCUUCACUUUCAGCGACCUCUCCCCACCUCCCCUUUCGCGUUUCGACCGCUCUUACCCCGUUUCUUCCCCCAAUGAAUAUUCUCUCUUUUUCUCCAACUGCGCUCCCGAAACGCGCGUUUCCAUGAACGUCCGGACCGAAAUCUACAACCUCGACCGCGACGGUUCCAAAGAUUUCCUCUCCGCGGGGCUAACCCAGCUCCCUUCUCUCUACACCUUCUUCUCAAUUCUCUACUUAGGCUUCUUAGCUUAUUGGAUCUACGUUUGUUAUACUAACAAAAGAUCUGUACACCGGAUCCAUUUGUUAAUGGCCGGAUUACUUUUGUUCAAAGCGUUGAAUCUGAUCUGCGCCGCCGAAGAUAAGCACUAUGUUAAAGUUACCGGUACUCCUCACGGUUGGGAUGUUUUGUUUUACAUUUUUCAGUUUAUCCGUGUCGUUUUGCUUUUUACUGUCAUCGUUUUGAUCGGUACCGGUUGGUCGUUUCUAAAGCCAUUUUUACAAGAAAGGGAAAAGAAAGUUUUGAUGAUCGUGAUUCCGCUUCAAGUUUUAGCUAAUAUUGCUUCCGUUGUGAUCGGAGAAACCGGGCCUUUUAUUAAAGAUUGGGUGACAUGGAAUCAGGUGUUUUUGCUGGUUGACAUCAUCUGCUGUUGCGCGAUUAUUUUACCAAUCGUUUGGUCCAUUCGCUCGUUGAGAGAAACUUCGAAAACCGAUGGGAAGGCAGCGAGGAAUUUGGCCAAGUUGACUCUGUUUAGACAGUUCUAUAUCGUGGUGAUCGGUUAUUUGUAUUUUACAAGAAUUGUGGUGUUUGCUUUGAGGACGAUCGCAGCUUACAAGUAUCAGUGGGUUAGCAACGCGGCUGAGGAGACCGCAAGUUUGGUGUUCUAUUUGGUGAUCUUUUAUAUGUUUAGGCCGGUGGAGAAAAAUGAGUAUUUUAUUCUUGAUGAGGAAGAAGAAGAGGCUGCUGAGCUUGCUCUUAGAGAUGAAGAAUUCGAGCUUUGAGAAAAGAGGGGCAGUUGAAAAGAGCAUAUAAAGGUUACUUUGGGUUUUAUUUUUUAUGCAAAUUGUGAUUAGUUUGCAGGUUUGUCCUUAGUGAAUUUUACGGAUACAAAUUGCUGCAUCAGGUCUGCAACUGCUGCUGCUCUUCUCUUUACUGUUUUCAUUUUGUUUAACUUGUUGCAAGAACUUGAAUAUGUUUCAAUUAGUUACUGUAUUCCUGCUGAAUGAUAUUCUCACUUUGUGAAGCUCAUAAUGAAUUUUGCACUGUAGUCAAUUUAAUCUCCCCAGUGAUGUGAUUUGUUUA